AUGAAGUCCCUUUCGCUUCUAUCUCUUCUGGCGGCACCCGCAAUUGCCCACAUCUCGCAAGGACGUACGCAACAUGGUCUGAUUGGAUAUGGAAUUCGCAUGUACGAUCCUCCCUGCGCUUUUGCAUGUCGCGAUGUUGUUACCGGAUGGAUGUUACACUGCGGUGAUGCUGGAACCGGUGGGCAAUCACAUCAUGCAGACAUGGAAAUGGAAACGCCUUCGCCCCUUUGCUAUGCCACCAACGAUCCGUUCCUACAGACUCUAGCAUGGUGCAUUUCCACUCAUUGCCAAAGCGAAACCAUGUCCAAGCUCGAGGGCUGGUGGGAGCACUAUCUGGUUGGCAGACAGCCAGGUCAACCCUCUCCCAAAAUCUCAUAUCAACGUGCCCUAGCCAAUGUCGACGAGCCACCCACCACGAUCAUCAGCGAGGACGAUUACUUGAAUACAACAUCUCUCGUUGACGAGGAUUCGUGGCUGGCUAAACUCAAUGGCGAUGGAGGUUACGAUAUUACCGAGAAAAGAUCAAAUACAUAUGGUCUGGUCUUGCUCAUCAGUUGCUCUGUCAUUCCCACCGUCUUCUCGCUAUUCCGGUUCCUACCCUUGCCGCAGUCUUUCGUCAGUAAAUUCUAUGCAUACUUCAUCGAUCCACCAGCUUUCGGCCAUUCCCAUUCGGUUCCAGUCUUCGGCAUGGGAAUUGUCCCGACUCGUGGACAAGCACUCUUCAUUGCCUAUAUCUGGAUUAUCAACAUCCUCCUCUCAGCUGUUGGAUAUCACAUCACUUGGCCAAACUCAUGGUAUGGCCACAAGCCGGAGGAAGUCACUGCUUACUUCGGUAACCGCGUCGGCGUCCUCAGCUUUGCAAAUCUCGGCCUGACGGUUCUGUACUCGAGCCGCAAUAACAUUUUGUUAUACUUGACGAAUUGGUCGCACUCCACUUUCUUGUUAGUACACCGUUGGAUUGCGUUCAUUUGCACCCUUCAGGCUUGCCUCCACUCGGCAGUCUGGCUACAGAUUUACCUUGCCCAAGGUGCAGAGGCACACGCAGAGCAGGCAGCCCUCGAGUAUUGGAUCUGGGGCAUCGUAGCAACUAUGGCCUUGGUAAUUCUACUUCCAUUGUCAAUCCUUCCGAUCCGACAGAAGAUGUAUGAGCUUUUCCUUGCGUCCCAUGUGGUAAUUGCAAUUCUGUCCAUGAUCGGGUGCUUGUUGCACAUUUACUACCGAUUCACAUGGCAGUGGGGAUAUGAAACCUGGGUAUAUAUCGCGUUCGUCAUUUGGGGAUUCGAUCGCUUCUUUGCCCGACCAUUGCGAGUUCUUCGAAACGGGUUCAAGAGGGCAUACGUCACGGUUGUUGAUGAGGAUUACCUCAAAGUCGAUAUCCCAGGAGUACAAGCGAGCGGACAGGCAUAUCUAUACUUCCCCGGCCUCACGUGGCGUGUCUGGGAGAACCAUCCUUUCUCCGUGGCUGCGGUAUCUGGUCAAGGUCUAUCACGUGCUCUGAGCUUCGAACGAUCGGGAUCGAAGUCGGAUGCUCCAUCCGAGGAGCUGGAUAAGGAGGGUAACGUCGUAAAAUCUCACAAUAUUGUGCAACCUACACGUGGAGCUGGAAUCACGUUCUUCGUUCGUCGCCAUGGAGGAUUAACAUCGCAGUUAGAGAGAGUUGCCUCAUCGACCAGCGGAACUCUCGUCCUUGUGGAAUCGUCUUAUGGACCGGAACAGAUGUCUAUCAUCCCAUCGCCCGUUGCAAAACCAUCACUGGAAUAUCCGAACGUAAUAUUCUUUGCUGGAGGGGUCGGAAUCACAGCUGUCUUGCCACUGCUAGAUCAUGCCAAUUCCUUAUGUUCUCCAUUGGGCAAAGCUAAGCUCUUCUGGGGUGUUCGUACGGAAUCGUUGGUUGAAUCCGUGGAGAAAAUGCUGGGACAACAAGGCACAAGAAAGAAUGGCCAGUCAAAUUGGGCUAACAUUGAAGUCAAUGUUUCUGUUGGCGAGAGAUUCGACGUGCGAAGGGUUCUUGAAACGGAGCUCAAUAGCUCGACGGGUGGUACUACUGUAGUCGUGUGCGGGCCAGCAGGAAUGUCGGACGACGUGAGGGUCGCCGUCUCAGCAUUAGCCAGACAUGGUGCUGUUCUGAGAUUGAGCGAAGAGAGCUUCUCAUGGUAA